AGAAAACCAUCAAAUAUCAAAAGAGUAUGUCAAAACCGAGCUUUACGGAGUUCAAAUAUGGAUCAUUUACUUGUAAGUUGUCGAGGAAACUAACAAAACAGUCGAGCAUCAGCAGCAGGGAGAGACAAAACUCAAACCUGUCAUCAACAACUUAUCAGCCAAAUGUGGAAGAGAUGAAAUGGGUGUUCGACAAAUAUGACACCAACAAAGAUGGGAAGAUCUCCAAGGAAGAGUACAAGUCGGCAUUGAAAGUAUUAGGAAAAGGAGAGGAGGAAACCAAUGCGACGAAAGCAUUUACGACGAUCGACACCGAUGGGGACGGCUUCAUAGACUUCAAGGAGUUCUUGGGGAUGAUGCACAACAUGGGAGAAGGGAUCAAUGUCAAUGACAUCCAAAGUGCAUUUCGGGUGUAUGAUUUCGAUGGGAAUGGCAAAAUCAGUGCCCAAGAGUUGAUGGCGGUGCUUAAGAAGAUGGGAGAGAGGUGUAAUUUGGAAACUUGUCGAAGAAUGAUUCGAGGGGUUGAUGCUAAUGAGGAUGGCUUGAUUGACAUGGCUGAGUUUACCACCAUGAUGACUCGAACCAUGAAAGUUUUUCAGAAAUAA